AUGGCCAUCGAAAUCGCCAUCAUCGGCAGCGGCCUCAUCGGCACGCUGCUCGCGCUGGGGCUCCUGAACCGCGACUCCCCGCACCUCCGCAUCCAGGUCUACGAGCAGGCGGCGUGCCAUCGCGAGCUGGGCGCAGGGAUCGGCUUCACGCGGGCGGCGCGCCACUGUAUGAUGCGGCUGGACCCGCGGCUGGACGAGUGUCUGCGCGCCGUGGCGACGGAGAACGGCGAGCCCGACGACCCAGACUACAACAUGCGGUUCGUGGACGGCUACCACACGUACGUGGACGACGACAACGACCAGCCCGUGGGCAUCGAGGGGAAGGUCUACAAGCUGUAUGCGGGGCCACGGGGGUUCGAAGGGUGCCACCGCGCGCAGUUCCUGGAGGAGAUCAUGAGGCUGAUGCCCGAGGGGGUGGUGCAGUUCGGCAAACGGCUGGAGAGGUACGAGUAUCUGGAGUCUGGGAGGAUCCAGCUGGUGUUUGGGGAUGGGAGUGUGAGGGAGGUCGAUGGAGUCAUCGGCUGCGACGGCAUCAAAUCGCGCGUGCGCGACCUCAUGUUCCCCAACGCCGACCACCGGCCCCGCUACGCGCACCAGCUCGCCUACCGCGGCCUCAUCCCGAUGGACCAGGCCAUCGCCCAUCUGGGCCGCCACCGCGCCCUCCUCCAGCACAUGCACUGCGGGCCUCACGCCCACGUCCUGCACUUCCCCGUCGCCAACCAGAAGCUGCUGAAUGUGGUCGCGUUUGUCCCGGACCCCAAUGACUGGGACGUGUCGAGCUUCACCGGCGCAGCCACCACCACUGCCACCCCAAUCGAGGAAACCAUCACCACAACAACCACCACAACCACAACCAGAAGCAAAAGCCCCAGCCCCAGCCCCAGCCCCAGCACACUGACCAACACCCCCACCCCCAAUCUCAACCCCCCCGAAUCCAAAAACUGGACCCCCUUCCUCCGCACCCUCCUCACCCUCUUACCACCCACACUAACCCAAUGGCCGAUCUUCGACCUCUACAACCACCCGCCACCCACCUACGCGAUCUUCCGCGUCUGCCUCGUCGGCGACGCCGCACACGCCGCAUCCCCGCACCACGGGGCCGGGGCGGGGGUGGGGGUGGAGGACGCCCUGGCGCUAGUUACCGCCCUGACGUGCGCGGAGGCCGACAUCCUCUCGGGCAAGCUGACGACGCCGCAGGCGCUGGAGGUGGCGUUCAAGGCGUACUCGGAUGUGCGGUAUAAGCGGUCGCAGUGGGUGAUGCGGAGUAGUCGGGAGGUGUGUCGGGCGUACGAGUGGGAGCUGUUCGAGGGGCAGGAGGGGGCCGGUGGGGAGGUGACGGCGGAGACGGGGAUGAUGGGCCGGGUGUUUGAGGAGAUCCGGCGGCGGACGAUGACGGUGUGGGGGUUGGAUGUCGAGGGGAUGGUCGGCGAGGUGCAGGGCCAGUAUUGGCGCGGGACGUGGGGUAAUUCUUGUUUUUGA